AUUUGUCGAAACGACCGAAAACACGAACGAAGCACGAACAGUUGCUCACAUUGUGCCGUAGUGUUCGGUGGUUGUUCGCGUUAAUUGUCCGAACAUCGAGUGCCAUUGCAUGUUAUUAUUCAGUAGUUGCGACGAUCUUGUAAUAAUUUUUUCCCCUCUCUACGUCGUUCGAGUUUUUAUUGUACGGCAGCGGUAGUGCGACGGUUAUUGUUCCCGUAUAUUGCGGCCGACACAAAGAUCGUUAUUAUUUUGUUGACGGAAGAAAAAAAAAUAAUAAAUUCUACGAAUCGAGAUAGGGAAAAAUAAAAAUAAUCCAACUGUUGUUUCCCACCGAAUUUCCGUCGAUCUAAGCAUUUAUAAUAACAAAAAUAAUCAAUAAUGGCUCCGUUGUGACGACGUUUCGUACGGUCAAUGCUUUCAGUGUUCAGUCGCUUCAGCUCCAGAGCCCGUCGCGUUAACACAGCUCGUGUGUAGAAUACAUAAUCUGACAGACUAUUGAUCGUCAUGUACGUUAAAAGCGUUUUCGCGUGGUGCUUUUUGCUGUCGUGUUCGCCUAGCAGCAGCGGACUGGAAUGGGACGACGUAAAUGACAUUUUCGGGAUGACCAAGAAUGUGGUCGAGUACGUCUCCAAGUCGUGGGAUAUCGUGGACAAGGUGCCAGAGCACGUCGGCAGUGAGAACACUCCGCUCAUAUGGUUCACCAAGAAGCGGGAACGUUCGAUCCUGACCAACUUUGGACGCAUUACACAGAUUGUUCGCUCGAUGCAAAAGGAAACUGAUGACAUAAGGUCCAUAAUGUUGAGUAACCUCAACAAACUGCAGUCCAUGUCCGAUGUAGUUUUGAACGGAAUCCAAAUCAACGAGCUCUUGGAGUCUGUUCGAUCGAUAGAAAAUGAUUUCAAGACGAUGGAAGAGUAUAAAUAUGGAGAAAAUGAUUCUAAUGAAAAGAGUAGAAAUACUUAUUCGUCUUAUACAUUAGAGAGAUUUGCUGAUGCAAUGUUGUCUUUUACUUCGGGAGCGCCUAUUAAGCAAAUGGCAAAAAUUCACACUUUCAUUAUUCCGGAUUUAGAAGGAUUUAAAUUUCAUACGCAUGGUGGUAUAUUCAAUAUUUUAAAAGAUACAAUGGCUAAAUAUAAGGAAGGUCCUGGUAUGCUUUGUGAUCAAAAACAAUCAUUGCAACAAAUGGUUUUUAAUUUAUAUGGAACAUUGCAUCUUACUCAGUUAAAAGGAUUUUCUGUAAUGCAAUUUUCAUGGAUGUUAUUACAAACAUAUGGAAAAGGAAAUUUUACAUAUGAACGAACAAAUCAAAUGAUACAAUUUGAAAAAAGAAUUGAGGAACAAUUGAAUGCAUUAAAAUACACAAUGUCUUCUUCAAGUAAUAUAUUCUGGAGAUGUGACCCUGAAAAACAUAUUAAAGAUAAAACUUAUUUAGAAGUGACUGAACUAUUGCAGGGCUACAUAGAAAAUGAAGCUGAUAUGAAUUAUGAACAUAGUUGUAUGCAAAACUGUGAGUAUUAUAGUGUUGCGGAACAUAAAAGCUGUUUCAACGAUCAGUUUUGUGCUAAGCAACAUGUUUGUAAUGGACGUAUAUUAAAUUGUCAGUAUAUUGAUUCCGAUAUGAGAAUUUGUCAGUCUAAAUUUGGAAGUAGUAGACGAUAUGAUUAUAUAGCGUACGAAAAAGGUAGAACUUUAGGAGACUCUUCUGAUUGUAAAGGAACAAUGAGUAAUGUUGAUAGUUGGUGGACUUUUCUCGUUUUGCAUUGUUCUUAUUGUUUUUGUAUUUGUGAUUCAAAUGAGCCCUCUUCUGAUCGUCAUUUUAGUUUAAGACCUUCUUUGUCAAAUAUUGAUCAAAAUAAAGUUGUAACUGGUCUAAGAUUUAUUAAAAUUAAACAAAUGUUCCAUUUACAAGUACAAGAAGGUGACCUUGGGCCUCGAGCUACAAUAAAUGAAGAUUCCAGACAAUGGGUCGAAUUACCGGGUACUUCAUUCACAUUUAGGAAUAAAACGUUAAAAAAUGGUGUUGAUUAUCAUACAUUAUCAUAUGCAUCUCGUUCUAUCGAUUUGGAUAAUGUGAUGGCUCCUGAAAAAAUGGUCAUUACAGGUGUGAAGUUUAGACUGAUUGGAUCUCAUUUAAAUUUGGAAGUCCGAGUUACUCCUUUUGAUUUCAUGACUGGUAAACUUAUUGAACCUCAAAACAAAAGUUAUUGGAUUGGAAAUGAAAAUACUGAAUUGACUGAUGGAUCUCCAAGGUCGGAAAUUUAUUUAAAUGAUUUAGACUUACCUACUAAAGCAAGCAUUUCAUCAGAGCCAGAUAUGUCAUCAAACAAAUUCUUGAAGUUCACACAUUCAUCAAUUGAUCGUGAUGUUGCUCAAUCAACAAUACCAUUUAUUGAUAAACAAACCGUAGAUCCAUACCCAGGUGUGCCAUUAUCUGGUGUAGGAAUUUACUAUAAAGGUGUUAAGUCAUAUGGAGGAUUUAUUGGAGCUAAUGUUUUUACUUACGAUUUUAGUAAAGACUUAAACAUUAAAUUGUUUUCAAUUCAUGGAGUAUAGUUUAGUUGUUUCAUCUUUAAUAUUAAGUGUAUAUUAGACUUGAUAUUAUUUUAUCUCAAUAUUUAUCAUCAAAUGCUAUAGAUGUAUAAAUGUGCCAAAAAAUACCAAAAACUUGUAUACACAAUUAUAUACCUACUAAGAUAAUAGUGUGCUAAUAUAUUUUUAUUUUU